AUGGCGCAGGUCUUCUCUUUCCAUGUCUUUCUAUCUGCAGAGACCCACCGGCCUUCUUCAUCUUCUUCGUCUUCUUCCAAGUCACUCAAGUUUGAACAGAGAACAAAGACAUCCAUUUCUGCACCCAGAAAAGGUCAGUUCAAUCCAUCACGAAAAACCCAGAAGCUAAAUUCAGAAAUUUCUCCUCACAGAGCGGUUUCUGCUGUGAGACUGAUGAGAAUAGAGAUGGGAGGUGCUUUUGCUGAUCUGCUCAAUGAGAGAGGGAAGGGCUCUGGUGAAAAUGAGAUGGGAUAUGUUGAAAGAACUUUAGGGUUUCGCACACGGGAUUUGGAGGACCGCGAUCUUAGACUGGUCACUGAUAUUGUUGGAGGCACCAUACGUUGGAAGCGAUAUCUUGAUCAUUUGAUCAGUUCAAUAUGUCGUGAUGCAAACACAUUUAGCAGGAUGGAACCACUUCUUUUACAGAUUCUCCGAAUUGGUUUCUACGAGAUUGUCAAGCUUAAUAUGCCACCAUAUGCUGUUGUGGAUGAGAAUGUGAGGCUUGCAAAAAUUGCCCUUAGACAUGGUGCUGGCAACAUGGUCAAUGGGAUUCUCCGGAAGCUUGUUUUACUUAAGGAAAGUAACUCUCUUCCUCUACCCAAAGUGGAGGGUGAUGAUCGCACACAAGCACGUGCUCUUGCCACUCUGUACUCUCAUCCUGUAUGGAUGGUAAGGCGAUGGACAAAGCAUCUGGGACAAGAAGAAACAAUUAGAUUGAUGACAUGGAAUAAUAGUGAUCCUAGUUUCAGCUUAAGGGCAAAUAGUGGGAAAGGUAUUUCAAGAGCUGACCUUGUGACAAAGCUUAAUUUAUUGAAGGUCCCACAUGAAAUCUCUUCGCAUUUGAAUGAUUUUGUCCGUAUGAAAAAAGGGUUGCAGAUUGUAAUUCAGGCUGGUUUGCUAAAAGAGGGUUUAUGUUCAGUACAGGAUGAGAGUGCAGGUCUGGUAGUUUCUGUUGUAGAUCCUCAACAGGGUGAAAGCAUUAUUGAUUGCUGUGCUGCUCCUGGAGGAAAGACUCUUUACAUGGCGUCUCUUUUGAGUGGCCAAGGUAUGGUAUACGCAAUUGACAUAAAUGAAGGGCGGCUGAGAAUCCUCAAAGAAACAGCUAAGUUGCACCAAGUAGAUGGUGUCAUCACAACUAUCCAUGCUGAUAUGCGUAGUUAUGCUGACAACAAUACAAUGAAGUGUGACAAAGUUCUGUUGGAUGCUCCAUGUUCUGGACUCGGUGUACUCUCCAAGAGGGCAGACUUGCGUUGGAACAGGAGAUUAGAGGACAUGGAAGAGCUCAAGAAUUUGCAGGAUCAGCUCCUUGAUGCAGCUACUCAAUUGGUCAAGCCUGGUGGAGUGUUAGUAUACAGCACUUGCUCCAUAGAUCCGGAAGAGAAUGAAGAGAGAAUUGCUGCAUUUCUUCUCAGGCAUCCCUAUUUUUGUGUAGAUCCUGCUGACAAAUAUGUUCCAUCUGAAUUCGUAACGGAGCAUGGUUUCUAUUCCUCCAACCCUGUGAAACAUUCCCUGGAUGGGGCCUUUGCUGCUCGUUUAAGUCGAGCUUUGUAAAUGAGUUGAGUUCUGGGUUCAAACAACUUGUGCAGUUCUUAUUGGUACAAUGAUAAAUUGUGCAGAAGACAACCUUUUCGACAUCUUAGAGAGGUUUCUGCGCUGAUGAUCCCAAGUCGCUUGGGUACAGUCAAAAUGCUAUAUACCGACAUUGCAUAGGAAUCACAAUAAUCAAGAUUGCCAUAGCUGCCUUCACUGAUUCUUAGUUGGAUUCUUUGAAGACAUGUGAGCUGAACCUAUUCAGGAUUUAAAUUUUGCCUAUGCACGAAGCACAGUGGAUAUGCGUACAACUACAUCGAGCCGAUACAGCAGAGGAUCACAAUGAUUU